CCGAGAUAGCCGGCCGCCAGAGGUGUACCGAAUGAAGGUAUUAAUCUUUGGCGCAUCGUGCUCUCCUGCGACGGCGAUAUACGUCAUGAAUCGCAACGCGGAGAGACACCGACACACGCAUCCUGAGGCCGUCGAGGCGAUCAAGAAGAAACACUACAUGGACGACUACCUCGACAGCUAUGAAGAUGAACACAGGGCGAUAACAAUCGCUACUCAGGUGCGUAACAUACACAGAGAAGCUCACUUUGAAUUAAGGAAGUGGACGAGUAACUCGCCCGCGGUGUUGAAGGCGCUCGGCGAAUCGCCCAAUGCAACCGAAGCGGUGGAAAUAGAAAGGACUGAACGAGUCCUAGGCCUUAUUUGGAGGCCACAAGAAGACAGGUUGGCGUUCAACCUAGACUUAGCCCGCAUACCGUCGAACCUACUGAGGCGAGAAGCACCCACGAAGAGAGAAGCAUUGAAAAUAGUAAUGUCGUUGUUUGAUCCUCUAGGGUUGGUGUCGCCGAUAACUGUGCGGGCUAAACAGCUAUUACAGGAGGUGUGGCGACGCGGCACCGAUUGGGACGACCCGAUCGACGACUAACUGUCCGCCGCCUGGGUGAACUGGCUCACCCAUUUGAAGCAACUCAGCGGCGUAACAGUGCCGCGCUGCUAUCCCGGCUACUCCCGAGCGAGAAAACUCCAACUCCACGUGUUCACCGACGCCAGCGAGUCAGCCUACGCGACCGCGCUCUACUGGCGCGCCGAGGACGACGACGGACGAGUCACAGUCACGUUACUGGCGGCCAAGGCAAAGCAGAAUUUCAGCCGCCACGGGAGUAAGCGCCGCAACAAAGAACCCUCCGAUCGUCGAUGGCGAACAUCGGGCAACGAAACUGUGGGUGGAACAUGUCCACACACAACUCCACCAUGCAGGCGUGGAGAGCGUCGUCAAUUACUGUCGGCAGCACAAAUGGGUCAUUCGACUGCGCCCGACGGUCAAGGCGGUGGUCAGG